UGUGUGUCCAUGAAGAGUGACAAGUCUAUGGGUACUCCUUUUUUCUUCAAAGAUGAACGCCACUAUGUUGAUCAAAGAGUGGACCAGGAGAGCUCAGAGGUUCCCAGUGGUCACUCUGCCCAGCAGCAUCAAACGCACCUGGAUUCCAUAUUUAGGCUGCUGGAGGAGGACAUCGUCACUUUUGUGAAGAACGAGCUGAAGAAGAUGCAGAAGGUUCUGAGUCCAGAUUACCCAGAAUGCUUAGAGAGUCAGAGGGAGGAUGAGGAGGAGUUGGAGGGUGAGGAUGAGGAGCAGAGGAGGAGAAGCAGAGUGGAGUUUCUGAAGAUCACACUUCACUUCCUGAGAAGAAUGAAGCAGGAGGAGCUGGCUGACUGUCUGCAGAGCAGAACUCGUGCUGCAGUGGGCCGACGCAGCCUGAAGUCUAACUUGAAGAAGAAGUUCCAGUGUGUGUUUGAGGGGGUUUCUAAAGCAGGAAACCCAACCCUUCUGAAUCAGAUCUACACAGAGCUCUACAUCAUAGAGGGAGGGACUGCAGAGGUCAAUAAGGAACAUGAGGUCAGACAGAUUGAAACAGCAUCCAGGAAACCAGCCAGACCAGAAACAACAAUCAGACGAGAAGACAUCUUUAAAGCCUCACCAGGAAGACAUGAACCAAUCAGAACAGUGCUGACAAAGGGAGUGGCUGGCAUUGGGAAAACAGUCUUAACACAGAAGUUCACUCUGGACUGGGCUGAAGACAAAACCAACCAGGACACCCACUUCACAUUUCCAUUCACUUUCAGAGAGUUGAAUGUGCUGAAAGAGAAAAAGUUCAGCUUGGUGGAACUUGUUCAUCACUUCUUCCCUGAAACCAAAGAAGCACGGUUUGAAGAGUUUGAUGUUAUGUUCAUCUUUGACGGUCUGGAUGAGUGUCGACUUCCUCUGGACUUCAACAACACUGAGACCCUGACUGAUGUCACAGAGUCCACCUCAGUGGAUGUGCUGCUGACAAACCUCAUCAGGGGGAAACUGCUUCCCUCUGCUCGCCUCUGGAUAACCACACGACCUGCAGCAGCCAAUCAGAUCCCUGCUGACUGCGUUGACAUGGUGACAGAGGUCAGAGGGUUCACUGACCCACAGAAGGAGGAGUACUUCAGGAAGAGAUUCAGAGAUGAGGAGCAGGCCGGCAGGAUCAUCUCCCACAUCAAGACAUCACGAAGCCUCCACAUCAUGUGCCACAUCCCAGUCUUCUGCUGGAUCUCUGCUGGAGUUCUGGAGGAGCUGAUGAAAACCAGAGAGGGAGGAGAGCUGCCCAAGACCCAGACUGAGAUGUACAUCCACUUCCUGGUGGUUCAGUCCAAAAUAAAGAACAUCAAAUAUGAUGGAGGAGCUGAGACGGAUCCACACUGGAGUCCAGAGAGCAGGAAGAUGAUCGAGUCUCUGGGAAAACUUGCUUUUGAUCAGCUGCAGAAAGGGAACCUGAUCUUCUAUGACUCAGACCUGACAGAGUGUGGCAUCGAUAUCACAGCAGCCUCAGUGUAUUCAGGAGUGUUUACACAGGUCUUUAGAGAGGAGAGAGGACUGUACCAGGACAGGGUGUUCUGCUUUGUCCAUCUGAGUGUUCAGGAGUUUCUGGCUGCUCUUCAUGUCCAUCUGACCUUCUUCAACUCUGGAGUCAAUCUGAUGGAAGAAAAACAAACAACCUCCAACUGGUUUAUCCUACUACUAAACAAACCUGAACCAACACGUCUCUACCAGAGUGCUGUUGACAAGGCCUUACAGAGUCCAAAUGGACAUCUGGACUUGUUCCUCCGCUUCCUCCUGGGUCUUUCUCUGGAGACCAAUCAAACUCUCCUCAGAGGCCUGCUGAGACAAACAGGAAGUAACUCAAAGACCAAUCAGAAAACAGUUGAAUACAUCAAGAAGAAGAUCAGUGGGGAUCUGUAUGUAGAGAGAAGCAUCAACCUGUUCCACUGUCUGAAUGAACUGAAUGACCAUUCUCUAGUGGAGCAGAUCCAACAGUCCAUGAGAUCAGGAAGUCUCUCCACAGAUAAACUGUCUCCUGCUCACUGGUCAGCUCUGGUCUUCAUCUUACUGUCAUCAGAAACAGAUCUGGACGUGUUUGACCUGAAGAAAUACUCUGCUUCAGAGGAGGCUCUUCUCAGGCUGCUGCCGCUGGUCAAAGUCUCCAACAAAGCUCUGCUUGGUGCCUGUAUGCUCUCAGAGAGAAGCUGUGAAGCUCUGUCCUCAGUCCUCAGCUCCCAGUCCUCUAGUCUGAGACACCUGGACCUGAGUAACAACGAACUGCAGGAUUCAGGAGUGCAGCAUUUUUCUGCUGGACUGAAGAGUCCGCACUGCAGACUGGAAACUCUCAGUCUGUCAGGCUGUAUGAUCACAGAGGAAGGCUGUGCUUCGCUGGCCUCAGCUCUGAGCUCCAACCCCUCCCAUCUGAAAGAGCUGGACCUGAGAUACAAUCAUCCAGGAGACUCAGGAGAGAAGUGUCUGUCUGCUGGACUGAUGGAUCCACACUGGAGACUGAAAACUCUCAGGAUGGACCAUAGUGGACUGCAGUGGUUGAAACCUGGUCUGAGGAAGUAUGUCUGUAAACUGGAACUGGACACAAACGCAGCAAACAGAAAACUCAAACUGUCUGACAGCAACACGAAGGUGACACGUGUGGAGGAGGAUCAGCCAUAUCCUGAUCAUCCAGACAGAUUUGACUGGUAUCCUCAGGUGCUGUGUAGAAUUGGUCGGACUGGUCGCUGUUACUGGGAGGUUGAGUGGAGAGGAAAAGUUGAUAUCUCAGUGUGUUACAGGGGAAUUGGCAGGGGAAGAGACAGUUAUGACUUUGUGUUUGGAGGGAAUGAUCAGUCCUGGAGUCUGAGGUGCUCUGAUGAAGAUUACUUUGUCUGCCACAAUAACAUUAGAACAGACCUCUCCUCCUCCUCCUCCUCCUCCUCCUCUGGUAGAGUAGCAGUGUAUGUGGACUGUCCUGCUGGCUCUCUGUCCUUCUACAGAGUCUCCUCUGACUCACUGAUCCACCUCCACACCUUCAACACCACAUUCACUGAACCUCUUUAUCCUGGGUUCAGGAUCUGGUCACCUGGUUCUUCAGUGUCUCUGUGUCCUCUGCAGUGUGAGGACAGAGAGGAGGGAGACCCUCCCUCUGAAACUACUCUGUGUUGGGAACAUGACAGCCAGACCAAAGCUAAGAGGAGGAAACUGGAAAAGCCUGAACCCAGCUGUGUGUCCAUGAGUGACCGGUCUAUGGGUACUCCUGUUGUCUUCAACGAUGAGCGCCACUAUGUUGAUCAAAGGAGGAAACUGGAAAAACCUGAACCCAGCUGUGUGUCCAUGAAGAGUCACCGGUCUAUGGGUACUCCUGUUGUCUUCAAUGAUGAGCGCCACUAUGUUGAUCAAAGGAGGAAACUGGAAAAACCUGAACCCAGCAGUGUGUCCAUGAAGAGUCACCGGUCUAUGGGUACUCCUGUUGUCUUCAACGAUGAGCGCCACUAUGUUGAUCAAAGAGUGGACCAGGAGAGCUCAGUGGUUCCCGGUGGUCACUCUGCCCAGCAGCAUCAAACGCACCUGGACUCCAUAUUUAGGCUACUGGAGGAGGACAUCGUCACUUUUGUGAAGAACGAGCUGAAGAAGAUCCAGAAGGUUCUGAGUCCAGAUUACCCAGACUGCUUAGAGAGUCAGAAGGAGGAUGAGGAGGUGUUAAAGGGUGAGGAUGAGGAGCAGAGAGGGAGAAGCAGAGAGGCAUUUGUGAAGAUCACACUUCACUUCCUGAGACGAAUGAAGCAGGAGGAGCUGGCUGACUGUCUGCAGAGCAGAACUCGUGCUGCAGUGUGCCGACGUAGCCUGAAGUCUGACCUGAGGAAGAAGUUCCAAGAGUUGAAUAUGUUGAAAGAGAAAAAGUUCAGCUUGGUGGAGCUUGUUCAUCACUUCUUUCCUGAAACCAAAGAAGCACGGUUUGAAGAGUUUGAUGUUUUGUUCAUCUUUGACGGUCUGGAUGAGUAUCGAUAUCGUCUGGAAUUUCAAACCACUGAGAUCCUGACUGAUGUCACAGAGUCCACCUCAGUGGCUUCCAAAAUGAAGAACAUCAAGUAUGAUGGAGGAGCUGAGACAGAUCCACACUGGAACCUGAAAGACUGUGGCAUCGAUAUCGAAGCAGCCUCAGUGUACUCAGGAGUGUUCACACAGGUCUUUAGAGAGGAAAGUGGACUGUACCAGAACAGGGUGUUCUGCUUCGUCCAUCUGAGUGUUCAGGAGUUUCUCGCUGCUCUUCAUGUCCAUCUGACCUUCUUCAACUCUGGAGUCAAUCUGAUGGAAGAAAAACCAACAACCUCCAACUGGUUUAUCCUACUACUGAACAAACCUGACCCAACUAGUCUCUACCAGAGUGCUGUUGACAAGGCCUUGCAGAGUCCAAAUGGACACCUAGACUUGUUCCUACGCUUCCUCCUGGGUCUUUCUCUGCAGACCAAUCAGGAUCUCCUCAGAGGCCUGCUAACACAAACAGGAAGUAGCUCACAGAACAAUCAGAAAACAGUCGAAUACAUCAAGAAGAAGAUCAGUGGGGAUCUGCAUGUAGAGAGAAGCAUCAACCUGUUCCACUGUCUGAAUGAACUGAAUUAUUGUUCUCUAGUGGAGGAGAUCCAACAGUCCAUGAGAUCAGGAAGUCUCUCCACAGAUAAACUGUCUCCUGCUCACUGGUCAGCUCUGGUCUUCAUCUUACUGUCAUCAAAAACAGAUCUGGACGUGUUUGACCUGAAGAAAUACUCUGCUUCAGAGGAGGCUCUUCUCAGGCUGCUGCCGCUGGUCAAAGUCUCCAACAAAGCUCUGCUCGGUGCCUGUAAGCUCUCAGAGAGAAGCUGUGAAGCUCUGUCGUCAGUCCUCAGCUCCCAGUCCUCUAGACUGAGACACCUGGACCUGAGUAACAACGAACUGCAGGAUUCAGGAGUGCAGCAUUUUUCUGCUGGACUGAAGAGUCCGCACUGCAGACUGGAAACUCUCAGUCUGUCAGGCUGUAUGAUCACAGAGGAAGGCUGUGCUUCUCUGGCCUCAGCUCUGAGCUCCAACCCCUCCCAUCUGAGAGAGCUGGACCUGAGAUACAAUCAUCCAGGAGACUCAGGAGAGAAGCGUCUGUCUGCUGGACUGAUGGAUCGCAACUGGAGACUGGAAACUCUCAGGGUGGACCAUAGUGGACUGCAGUGGUUGAAACCUGGUCUGAGGAAGUGUGUGGACCCUGCUAUGGAUCAGUGUGAGGACAGAGAGGAGGGAGACCCUCCCUCUGAAACUACUCUGUGUUGGGAACAUGACAGCCAGACCAAAGCUAAGAGGAGGAAACUGGAAAAGCCUGAACCCAGCUGUGUGUCCAUGAAGAGUGACAAGUCUAUGGGUAUUCCUGUUGUCUUCAACGAUGAACGCCACUAUGUUGAUCAAAGGAGGAAACUGGAAAAACCUGAACCCAGCUCAGUGUCCAUGAAGAGUGACAAGUCUAUGGGUACUCCUGUUGUCUUCAACGAUGAACGCCACUAUGUUGAUCAAAGAUUCCUCCACAGAGUGGACCAGGAGAGCUCAGAGGUUCCCGGUGGUCACUCUGCCCAGCAGCAUCAAACACACCUGGAUUCCAUAUUUAGGCUGCUGGAGGAGGACAUCGUCACUUUUGUGAAGAACGAGCUGAAAGAGAUCCAGAAGGUUCUGAGUCCAGAUUACCCAGAAUGCUUAGAGAGUCAGAAGGAGGAUGAGGAGGUGUUGGAGGGUGAGGAUAAGGAGCAGAGAAGGAGAAGCAGAGAGGCAUUUGUGAAGAUCACACUUCACUUCCUGAGAAGAAUGAAGCAGGAGGAGCUAGCUGACUGUCUGCAGAGCAGAACUCGUGCUGCAGUGUGCCGACGUAGCCUGAAGUCUAACCUGAGGGAGCAGUUCCAGUGUGUGUUUGAGGGGAUCUCUAAAGCAGGAAACCCAACCCUUCUGAAUCAGAUCUACACAGAGCUCUACAUCAUAGAGGGUGGGACUGCAGAGGUCAAUGAUGAACAUGAGGUCAGACAGAUUGAAAAGGCAUACAGGAAGCCAGCCAGACCAGAAACAACAAUCAGACGAGAAGACAUCUUUAAAGCCCCACCAGGAAGACAUGAACCAAUCAGAACAGUGCUGACAAAGGGAGUGGCUGGCAAUGGGAAAACAGUCUUAACACAGAAGUUCACUCUGGACUGGGCUGAAGACAAAACCAACCAGGACAUCCACUUCACAUUUCCAUUCACUUUCAGAGAGCUGAAUGCGCUGAAAGAGGAAAAGUUCAGUUUGGUGGAACUUGUUCAUCUCUUCUUUCCUGAAACCAAAGAAGCAGGGUUUGAAGAGUUUGAUGUUUUGUUCAUCUUUGACGGUCUGGAUGAGUAUCGAUAUCGUCUGGACUUUCAAACCACUGAGAUCCUGACUGAUGUCACAGAGUCCACCUCAGUGGCUGUGCUGCUGAUAAACCUCAUCAGGGGAAAACUGCUUCCCUCUGCUCGCCUCUGGAUAACCACGCGACCUGCAGCAGCCAAUCAGAUCCCUGCUGACUGUGUUGGCAUGGAGACAGAGGUCAGAGGGUUCACUGACCCACAGAAGGAGGAGUACUUCAGGAAGAAAUUCAGAGAAAAGGAGCAGGCCGGCAGAAUCAUCUCCCACAUAAAGAAAUCACGAAGCCUCCACAUCAUGUGCCACAUCCCAGUCUUCUGCUGGAUCUCUGCUACAGUUCUGGAGAAGCUGAUGAAAACCAGGGAGGGAGGAGAGCUGCCCAUGACCCUGACUGAGCUGUACAUCCACUUCCUGGUGGUUCAGUCCAAAAUGAAGAACAUCAAGUAUGAUGGAGGAGCUGAGACAGAUCCACACUGGAGUCCAGAGAGCAGGAAGAUGAUUGAAUCUCUGGGAAAACUGGCUUUUGGUCAGCUGCAGAAAGGAAACCUAAUCUUCUAUGACUCAGACCUGAAAGACUGUGGCAUCGAUAUCGAAGCAGCCUCAGUGUACUCAGGAGUGUUCACACAGGUCUUUAGAGAGGAAAGUGGACUGUACCAGAACAGGGUGUUCUGCUUCGUCCAUCUGAGUUUUCAGGAGUUUCUCGCUGCUCUUCAUGUCCAUCUGACCUUCUUCAACUCUGGAGUCAAUCUGAUGGAAGAAAAACCAACAACCUCCAACUGGUUUAUCCUACUACUGAACAAACCUGACCCAACUAGUCUCUACCAGAGUGCUGUUGACAAGGCCUUGCAGAGUCCAAAUGGACACCUAGACUUGUUCCUACGCUUCCUCCUGGGUCUUUCUCUGCAGACCAAUCAGGAUCUCCUCAGAGGCCUGCUGACACAAACAGGAAGUAGCUCACAGAACAAUCAGAAAACAGUCGAAUACAUCAAGAAGAAGAUCAGUGGGGAUCUGCAUGUAGAGAGAAGCAUCAACCUGUUCCACUGUCUGAAUGAACUGAAUUAUUGUUCUCUAGUGGAGGAGAUCCAACAGUCCAUGAGAUCAGGAAGUCUCUCCACAGAUAAACUGUCUCCUGCUCACUGGUCAGCUCUGGUCUUCAUCUUACUGUCAUCAAAAACAGAUCUGGACGUGUUUGACCUGAAGAAAUACUCUGCUUCAGAGGAGGCUCUUCUCAGGCUGCUGCCGCUGGUCAAAGUCUCCAACAAAGCUCUGCUCGGUGCCUGUAAGCUCUCAGAGAGAAGCUGUGAAGCUCUGUCCUCAGUCCUCAGCUCCCAGUCCUCUAGACUGAGACACCUGGACCUGAGUAACAACGACCUGAAGGAUUCAGGAGUGCAGCAUUUUUCUGCUGGACUGAAGAGUCCGCACUGCAGACUGGAAACUCUCAGUCUGUCAGGCUGUAUGAUCACAGAGGAAGGCUGUGCUUCUCUGGCCUCAGCUCUGAGCUCCAACCCCUCCCAUCUGAGAGAGCUGGACAUGAGCUACAAUCAUCCAGGAGACUCAGGAGAGAAGUGUCUGUCUGCUGGACUGAAGGAUCCAAACUGGAGACUGGAAACUCUCAGGGUGGACCAUAGUGGACUGCAGUGGUUGAAACCUGGUCUGAGGAAGUAUGUCUGUAAACUGGAACUGGACACAAACACAGUAAACAGAAGACUCAAACUGUCUGAAAACAACAGGAAGGUGACACGUGUGGAAAAGGAUCAGCCAUAUCCUGAUCAUCCAGACAGAUUUGACUGGUAUCCUCAGCUACUGUGUAGAACUGGUCGGACUGGUCGCUGUUACUGGGAGGUUGAGUGGAGAGGAAAAGUUGAUAUCUCAGUGAGUUACGGAGGAAUCAGCAGGGGAGGAGACAGUUAUGACUGUGUGUUUGGAGGGAAUGAUCAGUCCUGGAGUCUGAGGUGCUCUGAUGAAGGUUACUUUGUCUGCCGCAAUAACAUGAGAACAGAUCUCUUCUCCUCCUCUUCCUCCUCUGGUAGAGUAGCAGUGUAUGUGGACUGUCCUGCUGGCUCUCUGUCCUUCUACAGAGUCUCCUCUGACUCACUGAUCCACCUCCACACCUUCAACACCACAUUCACUGAACCUCUUUAUCCUGGGUUCAGGUUCUGGUCACCUGGUUCCUCAGUGUCUCUGUGUCCUCUGCAGGUCUGAGACUCUCUUCUGUGAACAGAAACUCUGCUGAGUGAAAUCAUUUCAGUCUGCUCACCAUGACUCACAACCUGCAAUGUGAAGCAGAUCUGUCUCAGACUCAAACACAAAACUUUCAUUUGUUCGUGAUGAUGAUCAACAUUUUCAUUGUUUCACUGGAAACACUUUGAGUAUUUCUUUUUUUGUUCAAUGUUUAUAAAUGCUAUCUAUACACUUCAUCUUGAGUGCCAUCUUUUGUUUAUGUAAUCGUGUUCAUAUUUGCUG